AUGCACGGAGACUUAAACCCCAUUUGGAAGAGGACCCGCCCACAACAAUUUGGCGCGCGCGUUCCCAACGCGAUGGCUGCCGCGGCCACUGUAGCCAACGCCGCCGCCGCCGCCGCCGCCACGAUGACUACGAUCGAGGGCUCAGGCCCUGAGCCUAUAUCUAUCCAGGACACACUUUUUUGCACAUAUUCCGAGGCUCUUGAGGCACUUCGGAAUGAUCAGCAAGAUCAAGGCUACGUCGUUAACGUUGCAAACAGCAAGACUUCCGGGAAGGCUAAGCGUAAAGCAGCCACUAUUCGGUGCCAGUGGUAG